GAAAUUUCCUUGAGUUGUUGCCUUGUUGACGUUGUUGCUGGCCGAGUGACUAAUUGUUUGCACGGGAUAAAUCGAGUGUAUUUAAUUGGCACUUUCAUAUACUUUCUGAUUAUCUGUUUUUUAUCCCGUAUUUUUUCGCGCGUACUUCGUUGAUCAGUGCGUGCAUGGUCAGCUGACAAAGGGCCUUAGCUAUGAGUUUGUUUGGGAAAAAGGUCAGCCCGGCUGAACAAAUGCGGCAACAAAACCGUAACCUCCGUAAAGCUCAGAGGGAUAUCGAGAAGGACAGGCGUGAUCUGGAGAGGCAAGAGAAGCAACUGGAGCUCGAAAUCAAGAAGGCUGCCAAAGAGGGAAACAAGCAGGUAUGCACAGUGCUAGCAAAGCAGCUUGUGCAGGUGCGGAAACAAAAGGCACGUACUUACACCGCCUCUUCUAAGGUUCAAGCAGUUGGGGCACAAUCCAAGACCAUGCAUGCUAAUGUGAAGCUUGCAGAUGCCAUGGCAACAACUGCAAAAACAAUGGGAGAAGUGAACAAAAGUAUAAAGCCACAAGAUAUUGCAAGAACUAUGCAGGAGUUUGAAAAAGAAACCACAAAGAUGGGCAUGACUGAAGAAAUUGUGGAUGACACACUCAACUCCAUCUUGGACGAAUCCGGGGAUGAGGAGGAACAAGACGCCAUUGUCAACCAGGUGCUGGAUGAAAUUGGAAUUGAAGUUUCUGGAAAGAUGGCGAAUGCUCCAUCUGCCAUGUCGGAUCCGCUCGGCCACAGCUCGAAGGCCAAGCUCCCGUCAGACGAUGAAAUCGAGCGUCAGUUGGCUAAACUCAAAACCUAGGUCCUGUUCUGUGUCCCCUGGGUUUCCUUUCAAUUUGGAGCUGCGUCGGCAAUGUAUUUUUUUGGUUCUUUUUGUAUAAUGAUAAUUGAAAGAAAGGCUCUGGUAACAAAAAGGUUUUUUAUUCUAGCAUCCCAGCCUCACUUUAAAAAGAGAGUUGUGAAUUUAUUUGCUCUGCAGAUAUUGUAAAUGCAGGUUUAUAAUCUUGAUAAUUGUUGGAUACUGAUGCUAGUCUUGCUGGCAAAUAAUAUUCGUCAUGAAACAUUUUAGGGCAUCAGUGUUUUGCUCGAUGCUGUUGUACAUAACCUAGUAUUUAUAACUAUUUUUGUCACAAUAAACUGGAUGGAAACAAAA